AUUAAACAUGAGCAAAGACGUGGAAUGUUACAUUUUUUUUCCUUCAACGAAAGCACCAUGAUUGGUGAAUGCAAGGAAGAAGAAAUAUAAAACCACCGGAGAGCCGUACAGCAAUGAAACCAUUAGAUUGAGACCACGAAAAAAAAACGUGUUAAACGAAGGACCGAAAACCGAGUGACUUUCAUGGCCGAAAAAGGAGGUUUUCGUGCGGUUUUAUGAUGCAGCGACGGUGAAGAGAAACAUGAAGAUACAAAAUAAGGACAAACAGAUGUCUACCAUCCACUUACUAAAGCACACUCCAGCUACAGCAGCCUCUACUGCCACUGACCAAAAUGCACAAACUCCAUUUCCCAGCGGACCUUUAGGCUCCAAGGACCAGAUCAGGGUCCUAGGAGGCGGGCAGAUCAAUCACUGCAUGUCCCACGCCAAGCACCCCAGGAUGGGCGAGGCGGGCACUAGUUCAGGCAGCCUCAGCCCCUGCGCCCCCUCGUCACCCCUCAAUAGCGAGGAGGACGAUGGAGGAGGCGGGCGGCGGGCGAAGAAGAAGAAACGAAAGAAAAAAGACAAAAAGGGCGAGCCUGGUGCCGCCUGGCAGCACAAGGGCUUGGAGAAGGACAACAAACCAAAGAAAAAGAGGCAGCAGAAAGAAGGGAAGGAGCUGCUGCCAUGCAAGUCUAAGGCGCCCAAGAAGUUGGAGGUCAAGGUGAAGGAGGUGAAGUCGCCGAAAGAGGCACCAAAAGAGGUGAAGAGAGGGAGGAAACCCAAGGUGCAGGCCCCGCCCCUGGCCAAGCCCCCUGCAGAAUGCAAGAGCGCCCCAUCUCCUCCCAGGCAGAGGGGCCGCAAACCCAGAGAGCAAGUCCUACAAGGGCCGGUACCAGUGGAGAAGAAGAAAAAGGGCAAGAGGAAAAGCGUGGCUGUCCUCCAGGAGGCUGGAGAGAGCGACGACGCGGCCUCCCUGUCCACGCUGGUCGUGGGGGGAGAGGAGAGCAUCGACCCCCUUGACAACACUAAGCGUCGCUCAGGGCGACAGGUGAAGCGCAGAAAGUACAACGAGGACCUGGACUUCAAGGUGGUAGAUGAUGACGGGGAGACCAUCGCCGUGCUGGGGACAGGCCGUAUCCCUGCCCUCAACGCUGCCACUCUCGCCUGGCAGGCUGAGGAGCCCCCUGAAGAUGAGGCAAACAUCAUUGAGAAAAUCCUCUCGGUUCGAACUGCGAAGAAAGAGGCAUCCCCUGAGGAGGCACCUGAGGAGUCAGAGGAGUUCUAUGUCAAGUACAGAAAUUUCUCCUACCUGCAUUGUAAGUGGGCAACCUUAGAGGAUUUGGAGAAGGACCCUCGCAUACACCAAAAAAUCAAGCGCUUCAGGACUAAGCAGGCCCAAAUGAAGCACAUAUUUGUUGAGCCUGAUGAAGACCUCUUUAACCCUGACUACAUAGAGGUGGAUCGAAUUCUGGAGGUGGCCAUCACUACAGACACAGAGACAGGAGAGGAGGUGACACACUACCUAGUGAAAUGGUGCUCCCUGUCCUAUGAGGAGGCUACAUGGGAGCUUCAAGAGGACGUGGACCCGGGGAAGAUUCGGGAGUUUGAGGAGAUCAAGAGGAUUCCUGAAUACAAAUUUGUGGAGAGACCGCAGCCAGACAAGUGGCAGAAGCUGGACAAGUCCAAAGACUACCGAAAUGGGAAUCAGCUGAGAGAGUACCAGCUGGAAGGCAUGAACUGGCUGCUCUUCAACUGGUACAACAGGAAGAACUGCAUCCUGGCUGACGAGAUGGGCCUGGGGAAGACCAUCCAGUCCAUCACCUUCCUCUUCGAGAUGUUUUCCAUGGGCCUGCGGGGGCCCUUCCUCAUCAUCGCCCCCCUCUCCACCAUCACCAAUUGGGAGAGGGAGUUCCGUACCUGGACGGAGAUCAAUGUCAUCGUCUACCACGGCAGCCAGAUCAGCCGCCAGAUGAUCCACCAGUACGAGAUGUACCACAAGGACCAGCAGGGAAAUAUAGUGUCGGGCGGGUACAAGUUCCACGGGGUGAUCACCACCUUUGAGAUGAUCAUGGCCGACUGUCCAGAGCUGAAGAAGAUCCACUGGCGCUGCGUGGUCAUCGACGAAGCCCACCGCCUCAAGAACCGCAACUGUAAACUCCUGGAGGGCCUCAAGCUCAUGAACCUGGAACACAAAGUCCUCCUGACGGGUACCCCUCUGCAGAACUCGGUGGAGGAGCUCUUCAGUCUUCUCAACUUCCUGGAGCCCCUACAGUUCCCCUCAGAGAGCCUCUUCCUAGAGGAGUUUGGAGAUCUGAAGACUGAGGAACAGGUGAAGAAGCUGCAGGCCAUCCUGAAGCCAAUGAUGCUGCGGCGGCUGAAGGACGACGUGGAGAAGAACCUGGCACCCAAGGAGGAGACCAUCAUUGAGGUGGAGCUCACCAACAUGCAGAAGAAGUACUACCGUGCCAUCCUUGAGAAGAACUUCACCUUCCUGGCCAAGGGGGCCAACCAGCAUAACAUGCCCAACCUCAUCAACACCAUGAUGGAGCUGCGCAAGUGCUGCAACCACCCCUACCUGAUCAAAGGUGCAGAGGAGAAGAUCCUGGAUAGCUUCAGGAAAACACACAGCCCCGAUGCCUGGGACUUCAACCUCCAGGCAAUGAUCCAGGCGGCGGGGAAGCUGGUGCUCAUCGACAAACUGCUGCCUAAGCUGAUUGCUGGCGGCCACAAGGUGCUGGUCUUCUCCCAGAUGGUGCGCUGCCUGGAUAUCCUGGAGGACUACCUCAUCCAGAGGAGGUACACAUAUGAGCGCAUCGAUGGCAGAGUGCGGGGGAACCUGCGCCAGGCUGCGAUUGACAGGUUCUGUAAGGUGGACUCAGACCGCUUUGUGUUCCUGCUGUGUACUCGUGCUGGGGGCCUAGGCAUCAACCUGACCGCUGCAGACACCUGCAUCAUAUUCGACUCGGACUGGAACCCCCAGAAUGACCUACAGGCCCAAGCUCGCUGCCACCGCAUCGGCCAGAGUAAAGCAGUAAAGGUGUACAGACUGAUCACUAGGAACUCCUAUGAGAGGGAGAUGUUUGACAAAGCCAGUCUGAAGCUGGGUCUAGACAAGGCCGUGCUGCAGGACAUCAAUCGAAAGGGCAGCCUCAAUGGGAUGCAGCAGAUGACCAAGAUUGAGGUGGAGGACCUGCUGAGGAAGGGGGCAUAUGGAGCGCUGAUGGACGAGGAGGACGAGGGCUCCAAGUUCUGCGAGGAGGACAUCGACCAGAUCCUGCAGCGCCGCACACAAACCAUCACCAUUGAGACAGAGGGCAAGGGCUCCACCUUCGCCAAGGCCAGCUUUGUGUCUUCUGGAAACAGAACUGAUAUUUCCCUGGACGAUCCCAACUUCUGGCAGAAAUGGGCCAAAAUAGCAGAGCUGGAGAUUGAUUCCAAAGCGGAGAAGGAGAGCCUGGUGAUUGACACGCCUCGUGUGAGGAAGCAGACACGCCACUAUAACUCGUUCGAGGAUGACGAGCUGAUGGAGUUCUCAGAGCUGGACAGCGACUCAGAAGAGAGGCCCUGUCGCACCCGCCGCCUCAGCGAGAGGAACAGACACUACCUCCGCGCCGAGUGCUUCCGCGUCGAGAAGAACCUGCUCAUAUUCGGCUGGGGUCGCUGGAAGGACAUCCUGACCCACGGGCGCUUCAAGUGGCAACUGGCCGAAUGUGACAUUGAGGUGCUGUGCCGGUCGCUGCUGGUCUACUGCGUGCGCCACUACAAGGGCGACGACAAGAUCAAGAGCUUUAUCUGGGACCUCAUCACACCCGCCAAGGAUGGCCAUAAACAGGACUUGCAGAACCACUCUGCAGGUCUGUCGGCCCCAGUGCCCAGGGGACGCAAGGGUAAGAAAUUAAAGAACCAGCUGAGUGUGCCUGAGAUGAAGCAUGCAGACUGGCUGGUAAACUGCAACCCAGAGGUGGUGCUGCAUGACGACAGCUACAAGAAACACCUCAAACAGCACUGCAACAAGGUACUUCUGAGGGUGAGGAUGCUGUACUACCUGAAGGCGGAGGUCCUGGGAGAGGCUGCUGCCCAGUUCCUGGAGGGUAUUCCUGCCAGUAAACUGGAGGUGGCACUGCCUGACAUCGACUACAUCGAGAUCCCAGCAGGCUGGUGGGAUGCAGAGGCAGAUAAGUCUCUCCUCAUAGGGGUACACAAACACGGGUACGAGCGGUACAACGCCAUGCGGGCCGACCCAGAGCUGUGUUUCUUGGAGAGGGUGGGCAUGCCUGAUGUCACAGCGCUCUCAGCCGAGCAGAGUGGAGGAGAGGUGAUGGCUGACCUCACUGACAGUAAUUGCAAAAGUGAUGACGUGAAAGACGAUCCUGAAAGCAAGCAAGAGGAGGGAGAGGAGGGAGUGGAAAGGGUUGAUAAUAAGGAUGAAACCAGCUCCAGCAAUGAUGCAAUGGACAAGCAUGACAUUGUUGUUCAAGACAUAGGACACAGGGUCCAGGAGGGCUUUGGCCAGGAAGAAUUGGGCCAGGAGGGCAUGGAGCUGAAGGGUCGCCCUCUGUGGCCCGCCGGCCCUAAUCUUACUGCCAGGCUGCGUCGCCUCAUCACAGCUUACCAGCGCUUCAUGCGGCGCGAGCCCCUGCGUCAUGACUUCUUGCUGCCAGGGGCAAGCCCAGGACCGAUGUCCUGGCAACUGGGGGAGGAGCUUAGGCACUGCACGGCAACCGCUGCCAAACCUGACCCUCUCUUCCUGGAGUGGCAGAGAAGGUGGGUGAUGAUGUCAGAGCAAAGGUGGACACGGCGUGAGCAAGCAGAUUUCUACCGCACCGUGUCGUCGUUCGGCGUGGUGUACGACCCGGAGAAGAAAACCUUUGACUGGAGUCAGUUCCGCUCCUUCGCCCGGCUGGAGAGGAAAACGGACGAGAGCCUGGAGAGAUACUUCAGCAGCUUUGUGUCCAUGUGCCGCACCGCCUGUAGAUUGCCCCCCAGGAAGGACGAAGGGCCUCUGGACCACAAUCUGUUUGUAGAGCCCAUCACGGAGGAGCGAGCAGCACGCACUCUCUACCGCAUCGAACUGCUGCGCAAGGUCAGAGAGCAGGUGCUGCGCCACCAGCUGCUGGGCCCACGGCUGCAACUGUGUCGGCCCAGCCUUUACCUGCCCGUGUGGUGGGAGUGUGGCAAACACGACCGCGACCUCCUGAUUGGGGCAGCCCGCCACGGUCUUAGCCGCACCGACUACUACAUCCUCAACGACCCGCAACUCUCCUUCCUGGAGGCCCACCGCAACUACGUCCAGAAGGAGAAUCACAAGGGCUACCAUCCUGGGGUGCACCACGCAGGCAUGACACCCUUGCCCCACCACCACCCCUGCUGCCUGUACGAAACGGGCCUCGGCCAAUGCCACUCUCCCCAGCCGCCGGAGUACCACCACCCAGCCACCCCCUCCUCCUCCUCGUCGAUCCAUGCCCAUUCUCACCCGCACAUCCACGUCCAUGGUCACCCGCCAGAGAUAGUGGGCACGGAUCCCGGGGGCAGCCUAGGUAUGGUGUCUGGGCCCAGGGAGAGCUUCCUGGACUGCCCCCCUCUGGAUGAGUCCUUAGAGUUGGCCUCACUGCAGCAAGAGGGCCUGGCCUCAGAUUCCCUCCAUUGCAAGUCUGCCAAGGAGGCCUUCAACGGGUUCCCCUUCAACUCAGCGCAGGGUGGCCAGAGCAUGCUCAACUCGUAUGGUGUGCAGGGGGAGCUGAAUGGCGAGCAGUCGACCGAAAUGGACCCUAUCAUCUCGGGCAAGCUGCGCAGCGACGUGUUGGUGGGGGAGCAGGGCUCCUCUGAGGAGACGGGCCUCAUGGCGCCCUCGCUGGAGCUGGACCAGGAGCUGCAGGCACCCUGGGAGAGCACGGACCACGCCGGCGCCGCAGACAUUUUCAACGACGCUGACCCUAUCCUGGGGGCGCCCACCCUUGAGACGGAGUUCCUGGACCCCGAAGAGCAGCCGGAAGAUGGGGGAAGGGAGGACAGAGCAGGGGGAGUGCUUGAUGACUGCCUGGGUAUCCCCCCCUCCCGGAGCGACCCAGGGGAACCGCUACCCUCCAGUUUUAUGCUGUUCAAGGACAUCGGCGUGAGCGAGGAGGAGCCUGCUGAGGAGCACACCGACCUCUCCACAAGCUGCCCUUCACCCUACGUCCCCCCUCCGCCCCUGUCGCUGUCCCAUAUGACCUUGUACCCCCACCACCAGGGUGAUGCCGAGGAGCCAGAGGAGAAGCUGAGCAACUCGGACGCCGUCGCCCACAUGCCCAGCUCCAAGGAGAGAGAGGCAGAGGAUGAUGUGGACUUUGAGUUUGACAAAGAGAUGUCUGUGGACAGUCUGUAUCUGGUGGGGCCGGAGCAGGGCCUGGAAGCAUCAGGUAUAUCAUGCGAGGACUCUCACCAAGAGGAGCCCUUCGAGGGUGCCUGCGAUGGGACGGGAAUGGGAUCUCCAGUAGAGUCAUUUGAGGCUGCUCUAGAGGGGCCAAGGGAAGAGACUUUAGAAAGGGACAUGGCCUUAGGGCCAGGGGAGGAGGGGCUUCUCGAAGGGCAGUUUGAAGAACCUCUGGAGAUGUCAGCCAUGGAUCCCCAGGAAGAGGAACCAGUGGAGGGGCCUCUGGAAGACUCUUGUAAAGACCCAGCACCAGAAGAACCAUUCGCAGGGCCAUUGGAGGAACGUUACGACGUAGAACCAGAAGGGGCCUCCGAGGGGCCUGCCGAAGCAGAGAGCACUUUCAGCGAACACACACUACCCACUGUUGAUGCAACAGACUCUCUGCCACCAUCCCCCUCAGUCCCCAUGUCCCAGCCUGAGCCACAGAUCAAACUGGAGUUCCCUCUGGACCCAGAGAGCUCUGAGAGCAAGUCGGACAUCCUGGAGCCUGACAGCACUGUCCUCACGCCCAAACUGGAGCAGACAAAGGGGCUGCUGGAAAUGAAGGACGAGAUCGAGGAUAGGCCCCAAAAAAGGGGGAAAACUCCAGCUUCCGUGGUGGACAGCUAUGUAGAGGUGGCACGGUUUGCAGCCCCCAUGUCCAUGUGUGAGAUGCCUGACAGUCUGCAGGACGCGAGGGAGCCGACCAUCGCCCAACUGCUGCAGGAGAAAGCCCUGUACUCCUUCUCUGAGUGGCCAAAGGACCGGGUGAUCAUCAACCGCCUGGACAGUAUAUGUCACGCCAUCUUGAAGGGGAAGUGGCCCUCGUCCAGCCAGCAGUAUGACUCUCCCAGCUCUCUGGCAAACACCUGUGUGCCCAACAGUGUGCACCAGAGGGCUAGCUUCAUCUCAACCAGGGUACAGCCAUCCCAGAACCUUAACUUCAACAUCCCAGCCCCUUCUGUCACCCGCCUGCCCAAGUACAAGCAAAGAGGUGCCGGAGAAUGCAGCCCAGGAGGCUGGAGGUUGACAUCCUUGCCUCUCUUGCAGGAGAGGCUGGUGGCGCCGCCCUAUCUGCCCGAACUAAAGCGGGGUAGGCGGUCGUUUGAGUACGAGGGCGUGGUGCUCAGCAAGCAGUGCCACUCAGGGGAGAAGAUGCCCCUAACGGUGCCGCACCGAGGCGGGGCGCUGCUGCUCAACGGCUGGCAGGAGGCGGCCAUGGACCUCUCCAAGGCCGGGGAUCUGGGCAUUGGGGGCGAAGUGGCAGCCACUAUAGACCACAUAAGCCACCAGGUCCACCCUAGUUCCCACAAACUGCCUGCCUUGGGCGCCAUGCAGAGUGUCAUUCAGAAUGCCAUGCAGGGCUCGGUGGGAGUAGACAUGGCCGGGAUCCUGCAAGCAGGUCUUAUCCACCCCGUCACCGGCCAAAUCGUCAAUGGCAACCUGAGGCGCGACGAUGCCUUCAUGCGCCGAAGGCGAGGCAGACGGAGAAACGUGGAGGCUGUCGACAUGGGGUUCGUCAAGAGCAGAGGAAUGCACGUGCCGGAACAACAGGGUAGGGUAGAAGUCAUCAGCCAUUCUGCGGUGUCGUCCACCUCCUCCCCACCGGAGUGCCCCCCGGGACCCUCCACACCCACCCAGCCAGAGGUGGUGGCCAUCGACAGAGAGGCUGCCAACAAGGGCCUGAUGGAAUGGCUGCGGCAGAAUCCUAACUACAACAUGGAACUGCCCACUUUUGCACCGUCUCCUGGCGCAGCGAUGUUGCACAGCUUUGUGGAGCGGCCCAAACAGCGGAGACAUCGCUGCAAAGACCCCACCAAGCUGGACAUCAACUCCCUAACAGGGGAGGAGAGGGUGCCCGUGGUCCACAGAAGCACUGGCCGCAGGCUUGGGGGUGCUAUGGCUCCAGCAAUCAAGGAGCUCUCCCGAUGGCUGGACGCGAAUACUGAGUACUACGUGGCACCCGACUGGGCAGAUGUUGUGAAACACUCUGGCUUUCUUCCCGAGGGAAAGUACACGCGCAUACUCACAGAGCCCGUGUGCCGUGACCAAGGGCCCCGCCGCCGGGGCCGUCGUCCUCGCAGCGAGAUGCCCAAGCCCCUCCUCUCGGAGUCACCCAUGGGCCCACUCUUCAUGAACGGCAGCCUGAUCGGCAGCAUGGACUUGGUCAGCCUCCAGAACCUCCGCAAUGUCCAGGGCAUCCCACUCACGGGCCUGAUGGGAUUCCCCCAUGGCUUCGCCGUGUCCGCUGGUGAAGAUGCCAAGAACGGCCUGAGCAUGCUUCCCAUGAUGCUCCACGGCAUACAUGGCUCCCCCCACAUGUUCAGUGUUCAGGGGCUGAUGGGGCAGCCGCCCACAAGCUCCGCUCCCACCUCCUCAGCGGCUGCAGUUAGCACCACUACGGCUUCCUCCACGGCCAGUAGCCCCUCACGAGGCCCCAGCCAGGCGUCUUCGAGCACACAGGCAGAUGGCUCCGGCAUGCAGUCUGACGGAGAGAGAAAGAGGGAGGACAAGCAGUCGACAGAGGAAAAGCAGCUAGGUGCGAUAGGCAGCCACAGCAUCGCAGCCAUCACCACUGCGGCGGCCAGCAGCAGCAGUGGCGUCAGCAGUAGCAGUGGCAGCCACCUGGCCUUCAACCCUUUCCUUGUUCCAGGGUUGUCCCAUGGACUGCUGUACCCCCACAUGUUCCUCCCACAUGGGGGCAUCAUGGCGCUGCCAGGCAUGCAGCCCACAGAGUCCUCCGGCAGCCCUAAGAGGAAGAAGAAAAGAACAAGGGAGGAAGGGGUGGUGGAGGAGGCAAGCAGCCACUUACAGACAGACAGUGGGCCUCCGAAAACACCCAGCGAUGGUCAGACUGGGGAGAGUACGGUUGACCAGGCCGGGCCGGAGGCUAGGGAGCAUCAGAUGGAGGACAACGUUCAGGAGGAGGUCACGGGACACGACUCCCAUGAGUCUCCAGAGGUCAACCCAGAGAAGAGCAUUGAAGAGGAGAGAGAAACAAAGGAGAAUAGAGUGAUGGAGGAGGAAAAACUGCCUGGAGAUGAGGAGGAGAGAGAGCCAAGGAGGGCACAGGAUUCACAAUAGACAUCUCCCUCUUUCUUACCGUGCAAAAGUGUAAAGUUUGUGGUGUGUAAGUUAAUGUUCCUGUAAAGACUUUUAUUAUCCACUUAAUGUUUAUAGAGCUCCUGCCCUGUAGCAAACUUGUGAUUAUGUUAUACUGUAUAUACCCACACAUGCUCCAUUCAAGAACUUCAUGAAAGUGAUGGACACUCCUGCAUGCAAACACACACUUGCAAGCAACUGAAGGGAGGACCUGCUAAUCAGUAUUACAUGGUUGUCACAGAUCAAGCAGCCUUGACGGUCUGCUGUAUCAUGAUCGUGGCACUUUAAAGCUGCAGUAUGUAACUUUUUGGGCAACCUGACCAAAUUCACAUAGAAAUGGGAGAUAUAGAUCUGUCAUUGUCAUUGAAAGCAAGUCUAAGAAGCGGUAGAUCUGUUCUGUGCACUACUUCUAUGCUCCCCGUUCUUAAGUUUUGUUUUUUGCGUCUUUUAUUUUGUUUUGUACACCAGCUUCAAACAGCUGAAAAUAAAACAUUUUUGGUUAUUGAAAGUACACUAUCGUUCAAAAGUUUGGGGUAGAAAUGUCCUUGUUUUUUAAAUAAAAGUGCAGUAUUGACAUUGUUAAUGUUGUAAAUUACUAUUGUAGCUGGAAACGGCUGAUUUAAAAAUAUAUAUAUAAAAACAUUUAUGGAAUAUCUACAUAGGCGUACAGAGGCCCAUUAUCAGCAACCAUCACUCCUGUGUUCCAAUGGCACGUUGUGUUAGCUAAUCCAAGUUUAUCCUUUUAAAAGGCUAAUUGAUCAUUAGAAAACCCUUUUGCAAUUAUGUUAGCACAGCUGAAAACACAGGAGUGAUGGUUGCUGAUAAUGGGCCUCUGUACGCCUAUGUAGAUAUUCCAUAAAAAUAAGCAGUUUCCAGUUUCCAGCUACAAAAGUCAUUUACAACAUUAAAUGUAAUGUCUACACUGUAUUUCUGAUCAAUUUGUUAUUUUAAUGGUCAGCUUUUCUUUCAAAAACAAGGACAUUUCUAAGUGACCCCAAACUUUUGAACGGUAAUGUAUAUUUCACAGCGGUUUAGAUUGAUCAAUGAUUCUGUACACAAUACAUUGCUUGUUUUGUCACGUAAAUGGAAAUUAGACAAACUAUUAGAAUUUUAGCAAACCGAAAAUGGCGGAGCAAUUUCUGCGUAUUACACCAUUUUAAGACGCUGGUUGCUAAAAGGUGAAUCUGGGGGAGGAUGUGUAAAUAUUUUUUCCAACCAAAAUAUGCUGACAGCACUCUUGGGUUCAAAGGCAGCUACAGUAUAGGGCUCGGUUGUGUUCAUUAAAAGGCACGCAAUGGGAAAACAUUGUAAAACAUUUUGCAGUGGAAAAUGAAAAUGAGCGUUUCUUAUCGGACAAGUCCAGGUAUUCCCUCCCUGUAUGUCCGUUUUGUUUUAAUCCAUUUUGUUGCCUAAUGAACAAACCAGAAUGAUGUAGCUGCCCAGGGACUACUGACCCCUCAGUUUCCUUGGUGUUAACAGGAUUAUAUGAAUAUCCCCCUAAAAUUGUUUCACAUCCUAAAGCCUGAAACUAAUGGCAAUUUGAAUUGACGGUCCUUCAAAAUGUGUUUAAUAUAAUAAUUCAUGAAUAAUUAUAUCAUUUUAAAAGCAAUGCGUGCAAGGUCACUUGCAGCCCCAAGGUGUACUGCUGCAAGUAAGUUAUUAAUAGGACAGUUUUGUCCAUCCCUAUUUGUUUUAUUGUUGCUGCUUUGUAAAAAAAAAUAUUAAAAAAAAGACAAAUUUUGAGAAAACAAUGUUACUAUACCCGAUCGAGAGAACACAUUGAGUACAACAAAAACAUAUAUAUAUAUAUGUGUGUAUGUUGUCAGUGUAUAUAUAUAUAUAUUAAACGGAAGGCAAAGAACAAUCCUGAGGUUUGAUAAUGUUUUUUUUUUUUAAUGUUAUUUUCACACAAUAGCCACUUUGAAGGAGGACCUAUUUCCAGUCUCACUGGGACUACUAGUCAUGUUAUUAGGUGGGCAAUAGCUUGGGACUUGGUCAGCUGUGCCAGUGUGCGGGAGCAGUGAAGAGGUGCCAUAGACAAAUCUGUCACAGAGGGCUCUGUUGAGAGCCAGUGCCUCACCGUUGAGGGACAAGCACACAGAGGGUAUUCUAGGGGAGAGGGGGGUAUGCAAAAUGAAUCUGUCCAUUGCCAUCUGUCUGUGUUAGGGAAAAGUUUGUCAUUUGAUCAGAUAGAUACUGUGUGCAAAGCAGUCGCAGAGUGCCUCGUUGUUUUAAAGGGUUCGUGGUCUCCUUUUCUUUCCUCAGAUGCAUUUUAAACUCCUGUAGACUAGCUCAUAUUAAUAUUUUUUUUAAAUGUAAAUCUAUUUAGCUGUAUAUUGCUGUUACUUUUUGUUUACAAGCACAUCACAUUUUUAGUUUACGACAUAUUGGGGCAAAUAGCUACUAGCUUCAGUACCAGUGUUUUCUUGUAUUUCACAAAAAUUGGUUCUGUGAAAGUUCCCAGAACAUUCGUUAGGUUGCGGCAAAUGUUCUCAUAAGACAAAAACUGUACAGUUAUGCUGAGGAUUAUACAAUGUUUGUAUAAAACAUUCGCCUGAUGUUGCAAGAACGUUCCUAGAACGUUGAGUUCUCAUCAUUCCCAGAACAUUGAGUUCUCAUUCAUCCCAAAAACAUUAACAGAAUGUUUUUGGGAUGUUAUCAUCCUAAUAAUAGAUAAAACCCUAACUCGAACUUAAUGGGAAUCUUUGCUAAUGUUCUGGAAAUCUUCACGGUUUUCUGGGUAUACUGUACUGUACUACACUAAAUGGAUGCAAAAGCAGAUUUUAAUCUAAAUUUCGUAACAGGGUCUGUUUUUUUAUGGGGGGGUUAUGUUUAAGACUUCGCUUCUAAGCGUAACAACUUCUGACUUCACAUUUUGUUUGUUUUCUAAUAUGAAAACAAUUUUUGCACAGUGUCCUUUUAGUGACUGUUUACCUGUAUUCUGCCUAUUAAUCUUUUAUUUGUGUGCGUGGAUGUGCACACUUAUACAACCUGGCCCGUGGGGGACAUUUCCUUGUUGAGCUGUAUUUCUAGCUCGUGUUGCUUUAGCGUCAAAUUUCUUCGUCGAAAGACAUUAUUUUUGCCUUGUCACAACUUUACUAUAUAAUUUAUUUGUUUUGCUUUGCCAAACCUUCACCAAAUAUGACACUUCUUUUUUUUUUUACUUUGUUGAUUAUAUUAAAAGUAAAAUGCCUUAUUUAGCUAGUGUUUUAUAUAUGGAUGUUUUGUUACAUCUCCAUAUUGGAAAUUAUAUAUAGCAACGUAUUUUGUUUGUUUUAAAAUGCCCCUUGAAUUGUAUGCAUACAUGAAAAACCAAGAUUUGGACUUAGUGUGGCAUCAGUCAGUGCAUUGUUAUGAGAUAAUCUUCCAAUGUUGUUUUCAUGGUCCAAAUCAAAAAGUUAUUCAAUCAAUCAUAAAAAAGCACAAUAUGGAGAACAACAAAUUACUUUUCUCAUCAGUGCCUCUGAGGUUUGAUAUUUUCCUCAUUUGUCAAACUUCCGCUGAUUACAUGUAUGUACAAUGCAUAUGGAAAUGAAUCAGAACCCUUCCUUUUUCCACAUUUUGUUACAUUACAGCCUAAUUCUAAAAUUGAUCGGAUGUAUUCUUUUGUCAUCAAUCUACACAUAAUGGAUGCCCCAAAAUGACAAAGCAACAACAGGUGCAUCCUGUUUCCAUUGAUCAUCCUUGAGAUGUUUCUAUAACUUGAUUGGAGUCUACUUGUGUUAAAUUCAAUUGAUUGGACAUGAUUUGGAAAGGCACACACCUGUCUAUAUAAAAGGUCCCACAGUUGACAGUGCAUGUCAGAGCAAAAACCAAGCCAUGAGGUUGAAGGAAUUGUCCGUAGAGUUCCGAGACAGGAUUGUGUCGAGGCACAGAUCUGGGGAAGGGUACCAAAAAAUGUUUGCAGCAUUGAAGGUCCCCAAGAACACAGUGGCCUCCAUCAUUCUUAAAUGGAAUAAGCUUUGAACCACCAAGACUUUUCAAGAGAUGGCAAACUGAGCAAUCGUGGGGAGAAGGUCCUUGGUAAGGGAGGUGGUAAACCCGAUGGUUACUCUGACAUAGGUCCUCUGUGGAGAUGGGAGAACCUUCCAGAAGGACAACCAUCUCUGCAGCACACACCAAUCAGGCCUUUAUGGUAGAGUGGCCAGAUGGAAACCACUCUUCAGUAAAAGGCAUAUGACAGCCUGCUUGGAGUUUGUUAGAAGGAACCUAAAGGUCUCUCAGGCCAUGAGAAACAAGAUUCUCUGGUCUAAUGAAACCAAGAUUUCUGAAUGUCAAGUGUCACGUCUGGAGGAAACCUGGCACCAUCCCUACGGUGAAGUAUGGUGAUUGCAGCAUCAUGUUGUGGGGAUUUUGUUCAGCAGCAGGGACUGAGAGACUGGUCAGGAUCGAGGGAAAGAUGAACGGAGAAAAAUAGAGAGAGAUCUUUGAUGAAAACCUGCUCCAGAGCGCUCAGACCGGGGCGAAGGUUCACCUUCCAACGGGACAACAACCUCAGCACACAUCCAAGACAAUGCAGGAGUGGCUUCAGGAUAAGUCUUUGAAUGUCUUUGAGUGGCCAGAUCCCAGACUUGAACCCAAUCGAACAUCUCUGGAGAGACCUGAAAAUAUCUGCAACGACUCUCCCGAUCCAACCUGACAGCACUUGAGAGGAUCUGCAGAGAAGAAUGGGAGAAACUCCCCAAAUACAGGUGUGCCAAGCUUGUAGCAUCAUACCCAAGAAGACUUUAGGCUGUAAUUGCUGCCGAAGGUGCUCCAACAAAGAGCCGUGUAUAAAUGGUCUGAAUACUUAUGUAAAUAUGAUUUGUGUUUUUUUUUAUUAUAAAUGUGCAAACAUUUCUAAAAACCUGUUUUUGCUUUCUCAUUAUGGGGUAUUGUGUGUAAAUUGAUGAAAAGCGGAACAACAAUUGAAUCAAUUUUAGAAUAAGGCUGUAACGUAACAAAAUGUGGAAAAACUCAGGCCUGAAUAGUUUCCGAAUGCUCUGUAUAUCCAGGCCGAAGUUACUCAUGCAUAAACAUCCCUGAACGUAUUCAAACCUCAUGUCAUGUAAUCAAUGUGAAGGAUACCAUGCAAUUCCUGAUUGAUCAUGUCUGAUAAGUGGCCCCUUAUUUCACUCAAACGACACGUUUUUCACAUGCUUAUAUUCACAUGAGGCCUUCAGUUUUCGUAAGGAGGUCAGGGGAACACAGUAUGUAUACAACUGAAGUGGGUGUGAUGUUAACCUAUGAUCAUCCAAUUGUAGACAUAUUCAGCAUGUUGGAUCCAAUAUUCCACUAACAUUUGCUGAGCAAUGUGUAUUCAGAUAGACAAGCAAACUGUUUUGGGGAAACAAGUAAUAUCCAACUCGUUAGUUUAAUUGAUCAAUCUUAUAAUCUCAUCAACACACCAGCCCACACCUAUUUCCUAUUACUUUGCUUGUAUGUGAAAACUUGGAAAAACAACUAAUUGGUGCAGUUGAAGGUCAAUUAAUAUUUAUUCAGUCUUCAUGUCAUAAAUGUUUUUACUGUGUGUUUUCUUUUCAGUUAGUCUUUGGUAAUUUAUGGUAAAGUCAGAUUGAUUUCAAGCAUGUAUCUCAUAUGUAUUUAUUGUACAAGUCUUAUCUAAGCAUUUUCAUGUUUAUGCCUGGUUUGUAACGUCAAAGGGUUCAGAGGGACAACAGUCCCGCUUCUAAGGCUUGCUGGCUCUUUUCAAAUUGUAGAAUGUGUAUUGUAUCUUUUUGCCAUCACCUGCGGCAAGAAUAGUUGAAAAAACAAAUGACAACUCGAUUUCCUGAAAAAAAGUGUAAUGCACUUAACGUGCCAUAGAUUGUGGGUCAUUGGGAUGGGGUCAGUUGUAUCCAUGUGAACUUUGGGCUGAAUUGUACUAUAACCUAUUUCUGCUGUCAGGUCAGACACUAGGUGUCAGACCCUAUACAUAAAUUCUGUAAAGUAUUUGCACUUCAGGGGAAAUAUACAGGCUCUGGCUUGCCAAUACCAUGCUGUGUGUGUUGUGAUUGCAUGCCUGGACAUGCUGGUUAUAUAGGCCCUGACAAUUGCCACAAUCCAAGUUACAGAGAUGGCAGACCACUCUGACUGUGUGUGUCUGCAUGCACGCUUCAAGGUUCUGUUCAACAGCUGCUUGAAUAAGGACCUUUGACAGAUUAGGACAUUCAUUUUCAGCUCAUGCAGUCAAAGCCAGCGUUCACUAAAUGGGUGUACUGAAGCUCUAGCUACAUUGUGGGAAUAUCAUGCUACAAAACAAAAGUACUGUCUGACAUCGGCAACAUUCACAGUUGUGGAUUACAUUUUUUUUUUUUGAAAUAGGUCCAAUAUUCCCAUAUGGACCAAUCACUUAACUCAAAACAUGGUAUGUGAUAUUUUAUUGUGCAAUAAAAGAUUACUUUCAACUUUCA